ACAAUGCUGCACCCAUCGACUCCCCUUGUCGUUAUGGCAGCGACGCUGCUCCUCCUCCUCCUCUCCGCACCCGUCGCAAACGCCGAAUACGACCUCUUCUACUUCCCGUCCAACGGCUCGACGCGCUGCGAGGGCGCGGGGAAUGCGUGUGGGACGGAGAGUAUCUGCGCGCACGAGGCGUUGACGGAUGUGCAUUACUGCUGCGGAACGGGCUCGCAGGACGCAGUGUGCUGGACAAACUCUCAGGAUUGCCGGGGCGAGGAUAAGAAGCCGGCGGCGGGACAGUUGGGCUGCGCGACGAACCAGAGCCCGAAUGGGUAUUGUUGUCGGAGUGAACGGGAACAAUGCACGUUACGCAGUGGCCAAAAAAACAUCUGCUGGGCCACCCCCUCCAACCCCAUCGCAAACCUCUCCACGAACCUCCGCGACAAAACCUUCUCCUCCCUCCUCUCCGCCUCCCCAAACGCAAAAACCCUCACCGUCGAUGUCAAAAAACUCCUAGCCGCCGCAUCCUCGACCUCUUCGCCUUCCUCGACGGAUCCAGCACGGUCCUCCAGCAGCAGCAGCACCACUACCUCCCCCUCAUUACCAACCCUAUCCACCCCCGCAAACCUCCCAAACAUCUACAACGAACAAGGCGAGAAAAAAAAGGGAAUCUCAGGCGGCGCAAUCGCCGGCAUAGUCGUCGGCGCAAUCGCCGGUCUCGCUCUGCUAGGCUUCUUAGUGUUCUUCUUGCUGCGUCGCCGCUCCCGCCGCUCUUCUUCUCCUCUUCCACCUUCUUCUUCUCCUGCUCCCGCCGCAGCAGCUACCGCGAAUCCGAAUGAUCCCCCCGCGACCUCGGAAAUGGACGGCUCGUCCUCACGAUACAAUCCGUACGCUAGCUCCCCGCAUAUCCAGCAGCAGCAGCAGCAGUACCAGUAUGGACAAGGGUAUGAAGCUGUGUCUCAGCAUCAUCCUGAGAUGGAUGGCACGGGGAUGACGAUGGCGGGGAAGUACGCGUAUCGCGGGUCUGCUUCUGAAGGAGGAGGAGGAGGAGGAGGAGGAGGAGGAGGAGGAGGGAAUCAUGGUGGUGCUGCUGCGCCUGUUGAGUUGGCGGGGGAGAGCGUGGGUCCGAUGAGCGAGAUGGAGGGGCGGCAAGGGCAUUAGCAACAGCGACAACAUUGGUGAAUUUUUUUUAAGUUGGGGGGAACGCGGUGAUGGUGAGGAUGGAAGAAUAAGCAAGCAAAGAAAGCAAAGAAACUCUUGUCUAUUUUUGUUCUUCGUUUGAUGUGUAUGUUUCACUAGAUAUCCAUCUUUUUUUUCUUGUUUUUUUUUCUUGUAAUAAUGGAAAAACGUUUGGAGCUCUUUACUCUCUUUGUGGCAAAAUAAAAGGCUUUGUAGAUGUAAUGCAUUGACAUUGAUGUUAUCUGUUUUCUGGCAGAGUGUGUAGGCGGCAGAGAUGUAAUGGCAGCAGAUGGCGGCAGAAUAUGUAGUUGCGGCAGAGCAUUUGUAUGCGGCAGGAAUUAUGUAGGUACGGCAGACUACUUUGAAGUGGCGGCAGACUCCCAGCCGGCGGCGAGAUGCUGUGUAGACGGUGGCAGGAAUUGUGUAGGUACGGCGAAAGAUUAU